AUGAGUCCCGUACCAUCGAUUAACAAAGAAGUCGUUCCAACAGAUAUAGAUUGCCAUUUGUCAACGCAUGCUGAUUUUAAUAUUGAGAAAUUUCAAGAUGAAUUAUACAAAUAUCAUAUGACAUGCCAAGUAUUUCGAGAAGACUGGAGAUAUGUAUUGUUAAUUGAUGAAGAUGCUCCAACAGGUCCAUUUACAGUAGAUUUAAUUGAACCACACGUAGCAUUAACACAUGAUCGUAUUGAUUUCGAUGUGAACAAUUUAUCAUUAGAAAAAGGUUACACACAUGAAUUAGGAAUGCGUGUUGAUAUUCAACAAAGACCAUAUUUAAUCGAACUUGAAACAAUUGUUGAUAAUAUUAAAAAUAAAAAACUUCAAGUUCUUCGUCCAGUUGAUCCUACUCUUGAAAUGCGUAUUGAUAAAAUGAUAAGCGUUCGUGGUUGGACACAAUUAGGACAGUCAUUCUUGGUUAUACCAAAUCCAGAUUCAAAAUAUUGGUCUGUUCUAGUACAUUUAGCAUCAUCCGACAGAUUAUAUAAAGAUGUAGAACAACAAAUGAAUAAUAUAGGAUAUCAAGUAAAUAUUAUAUCGAUUGAACAGAUAAAAAAUCCACUUUUAGAAGAUCAAUAUGAAGCAUUAAAAAAAAUUAUUGCUAAACAAUGUUCAGGAUUUGAUCCAAAUGAGCGUGAACUUUUUCAUGGCACAAGUGGAGAAGGAAUUGAUGGUAUACGAGAUAAUGGUUUCGAUGAUCGUUAUUUUAGUCAUGGUGCAUAUUUUGCUGACGAUCCUGCAAAGUCGCAUCAGUAUACAGCUACUGAUCUAAACGAUGAUACACGUGUUAUAUAUUACACUAAAGUUGUAUUGGGCAAUGUAUCACAUCAAUCAGUACCGAGUACAGAAUUGGUGUCGGCACCACUGCCGUAUCAUUCAGUUGUAGGAACAUUAAAUGGAUUCACUGAAUAUAUCGUUUAUCGAUAUGGUCAAGCUUUGCCUUACUUAAAAAUCACUUAUACAGCUUAG